UGGCUAACGGGCGAGAAUGUUUUGACAUACUACGACCAACAAAAAGAGAUUGGGCUUGUGUGUGACGCGUCAGCGUAUGGCGUAGGCGCCAUUCUGUUUCAUAAGAAUGGUAAAGAUGAAAAGCCAAUUGCAUACGCGUCUAGGGCACUGAGCAAAGCAGAGCAAGGGUACGCUCACAUCGAAAAAGAGGCUCUCGCUGUUGUCUAUGGGCUCAAGAAAUUUCACAAGUACCUGUUUGGGCGUAGUUUCGUCAUUUAUUCAGAUCACCAGCCAUUAGCUAGCCUUCUGGCGCACGGCAAACCUGUUCCAGUGAUGUCAGCGGCACGCAUGCAACGCUGGGCUUUGUUGCUAGCGGCAUACGAUUACAAAUGGGUGUAUCGUAAAGGCAGCGAUAUUGGAAACGCUGACGCGCUGUCGCGGUUGCCGUUGCCGAAUGAUAAGGAUGUUUCAGAUUAUGUACAUUUCUUCUCAGUUGUCGAUGGACUUCCCUUGUCUGCUGACGCGAUCCAAAAGGGAACGAGCACUGAUAGGGUGUUAUCGAAAGUGUUGAUGUACACGAGGAGUGGCUGGCCUACGCGUGUAACGGACAGUGAAUUGUCCCCGUACUUCGUCCGCCGGCAUGAGCUGUCCGUAGAUCAGCAGUGCGUUACGUGGGGAAAUCGUGUGAUUGUCCCUCGCCGCUUGCGCAAACAAGUUUUAGCGCUUAUGCACGAAGGUCACCCCGGAGUUACGCGCAUAAAAAUGCUCGCGCGUAGCUAUGUCUGGUGGCCUCAGUUAACACAAGACAUUGAAUGUGCUGUUAAAAGUUGCAGUACCUGUCAGUUGACGCAAAACGCUUCACCGAAGGCCCCACUACAAACUUGGGGUUGGCCGAGCCGCAGAUGGCAACGAAUCCACCUGGAUUUCGCAUUCACAGACAACCAGUGGCUUUUGGUGCUGGUGGAUGUACACUCCAAAUGGGUGGAGGUGUUCGUGAUGAGUUCAACAACGGCAGAAAAGACUAUGGAAAAGCUUCGGAGUGUGUUCGCGGCGUAUGGCCUUCCGGAGGAGGUCGUUACGGACAACGGGCCGCAGUUCACUGCGAAGAACUUCACAGAGUUUCUGCUCAGGAACGGAGUGCGUCAUACCAGGACACCUCCGUACCAUCCGGCAUCAAAUGGAAGUGCUGAGAGAUGCGUCCAGACGGUCAAACGGGAUCUUCUGCGACAGCUUCUCGACGAAAACUCUUUGGGCGUCAGGAAGACCCUACAACACCGUAUAGACCAGUUUCUAUUCAGGUACCGGAACACCCCCACCACGACAACGGGGCAAACGCCUGCUGAACUGUUCCUGUCGUGGAAGCCCCGCACCCGCCUGACCCUGCUACAGCCAGAUCUGGAGAGACGUAUAGCAGAUCGUUUCUUUAAGAUCAAGAGCCAAGCUGACGACAGAAGAGGGCCGUGGAGGUCAUUCGAAGAGGGCGAAAGAGUAAUAGUUCAAGGCCUUCGUCCGGGGGAGGCAAAGUGGCUACCUGGGGUCAUCGAAAGAAGGUGCAGUGCCGUUACGUACAUUGUGCGUGUGGGACGCGGGACCAGGUUUGUGCAUGCAGAAAAUUUACGUCCUCGUUAUUUUGAAAGUGACGAACAAGGGUCCCGGGAGCCUUCAUGUGUGGUACCCAGUUCGAUUCCAGACCGUGUGCCGGAGGCGUCUGCUACGAGUCCUCCUCUUCCUGCGUUGGAGUCUCCGAAAGCGGCUGCAGCACCGCCAGAGCCACCCGAAGACUCAGCCCCCUUGGGUCAGCGGAAUGCAAGUCCCCGCCAAGGUUCCGCACCGCAGUCCCCUCUCCGAGAACCGGCCUCUCCUCAAGGGGCAGAGACUCUUCGACGCAGUGCUCGUGCGAGAAAACCUCCCGAUUGGUACACGCCCUAACAUUGAGUAAACAAAAUUUCUGGGGAGGAGUGUAGUAUCUUGCGAAGCGCAUCGCGUAUGACGUCACAUUGAUAGUGCGUCGCUUAUCUCUAUAUAAGCGCUGGGAGCCGUAUGCUCCGUGUUCUUUUGGUUACGCACUGG